GACAGCCGAGUGUGUCCAGGGCAAGCAGAGGCAGCACUGCCCAAACCACCUCUUUGGCCUGAAUUGCGCGACGCUAACGGCAGCACACUCUCCUGCUACUGCUCCAUUAGCCAGCAGCCGGUGGCGCACAAACGCCAAUCGAUCGGAACGCAUGGCUCAGAUGCUCUCCGCCGUGGCCAUGGUGGGCGCCGCCUCGGCCGCGUCGCCCAUUGUGACGAAGAGCCUCGUCGGCGUGGACGCGCCGGCGUCGGGCAUCACGGUCGUGUCGAGACAGGACGUGCGCCCGGACGGCGCUUCGGCGGUCGGGGACCUCACGCUGUCCGUCUCCGACCUGCCCAUGCUGUCGUGCCACUACAUCCAGAAGGGCCUCUUCUUCCCCGCCCCCGACGUGCCCAUGGCUUCCCUGGUUUCGUUGCUCAUGUCUUCGCUGUCUCGGGCGCUCGCCAUCUUCCCGACCCUCGCCGGCCGCCUUGUCACGCUCCCCGAUGAUCGCGUCGUCAUCCGCUGCAACGACGCCGGCGUCGAGUUCCGCCACGCCGUCGCGCCCAACCUGUCGCUGGAUGACUUCAUCGUGCCCGACGCCGACGUCCCGACCAAGCUGACCAAGGACCUGUUCCCCAUGGACCGCACCGUGAGCUACGACGGCCACCGCCGCCCGCUCACGUCGUUCCAGGUCACCGUGCUCGGCGACGGCGCCGUGUUCAUCGGCAUCGUCGCGAACCACGCCGUGGUGGACGGGACCUCCUUUUGGCACUUCUUUAAUACAUGGGCCGCCCUUUGCCGUGGCGCGUCACCCAAGCUGCCGGACUUCCGCCGCAGCUUUUUUGGCGAGUCAACCGCCGUCCUCCGCUUUCCAGGAGGCGUGGGCCCCGCCGUGACCUUCGACGCGGACGCGCCUCUCCGCGAGCGCGUCUUUCACUUCAGCGCGGAUGCGAUUCGCGAGCUCAAGGCAAUCACUAACCGUCGCCCGAGCGGCGGUCAAGACGCCGAGGUCUACGGCAAGAUGGCGCACGAUCGGAAGAAUCCCGAAGGGCUCAGUGCGAUCUCGUCGUUCCAGUCACUGUGCGCGCAGAUAUGGCUCUCGGUGACGCGCGCGCGGCAGCGUCUGGCGCCCGACGCGACGAGCACGUUCCGCAUGGCGGUGAACUGCCGGCACAGGCUGCGCCCGGCGAUCUCCCCUGUGUACUUCGGCAACGCCAUCCAGAGCGCAGCAACCACGGCCACGGUGGCCGAGCUGGCGUCCAACGACCUGCGGUGGGCGGCGGCCAAGCUCAACGCGAGCCUGGCGGCGUACGACGACGGCGCGAUACGCCGCGCCGCGGCGGCGUGGCAGGGCGCUCCCCGGUGCUUCCCGCUGGGCAACCCGGACGGCGCGGUGAUCACGAUGGGGAGCUCGAACCGGUUCCCCAUGUAUGAGGGCAACGACUUCGGGUGGGGCCGCCCCCUCGCGGUGCGGAGCGGCCGCGCCAACAAGUUCGAUGGCAAGAUGUCGGCGUUCCCUGCCCGCGCCGGGGACGGCAGCGUGGACAUCGAGGUGUGCCUCGCCCCCGACACCAUGGCGGCGCUGCUCCGCGACAGCGAGUUCAUGCAGUUCGUGUCGUGAUCGUUCCGCCAGUGCGUGCGCGAGCGCGCGCGCGACUAUUGGUCCAUCGUGACACACAUGCCGUUGCGCUGCGGCUUUGCGUCCGUUCCUGCCCAUAGUUUGGUCCUUUGGUGCUAAGAUAAUGUAUCCGUGUUCUGGUUGUGCAGUGCCAGCGUGCCGUGGCAGUAGUAGACAGUGGUAACUAGUAGUAGUACUUGGAUUGACUAGCUGUUACUAUUACUUGUAACUACUCCAGCAAGCAUUGGCGCGUUGCAGGGGGGAUGGAGCUCGUGAAACUGCUUGAUUGCUAAAGUCUUCCGGGCGUUCAAGUACGGUGAACCGAUUAAUUUGCGUUUGAUUAGGAUGGAUUUACCUUUUCCUUAGGACAGUCUCAACCCAUGAUGUGCAUAAGUAGUGUCUAUGGUGCUGUGUCAAUAAGACAUCACAAUAGAAACUGCAUUCUACAACCACCAUGGUUGGUUUUUUAAAGUGGGCCAUUAAUAAAUACAACAUCUCUCUUCUUUAUCAA